AUGACGCAAAAAUGCAACCUAGAAACAGUAGUAGACCUUGUCACAGAUGAAGACAAAAGGUUCAAGUAUCUUUUCUUUGCGAUAGGGGCUUCAAUCAAAGGUUGGCAACAUUGUACUCCAAUACUUGUCGCUGAUGGAACUUUCUUAACAAACCCACAUGGAGGAACAUUACUAAUUGCUAGUGCCCAAAAUGCCAAUAGACAUAUAUUCCCACUUGCAUUUGCUGUUGUAGACUCUGAGAAUGAUGAAUCUUGGGAUUGGUUCUUCCACAAAUUAAAAGAAUCCUAUGGUGAAAGACAAGGCCAAUGCAUCCUUUCAUAUAGACAUGAAAGUAUUGCAAAAGCAGCACAAGCAUCCUUCCCAAGCCUCAUGCAUGAGGUAUGUUGCUACCACUUGCUGAAAAAUAUUAAAACAAAACUCAAGAAGAAAGGAGAAGCCCUCAAAAAUGCAUUUAAUGGUGCUUCAAGGGCUUAUAAUACCACUGAUUUUGACAAAUACAUGGCAGACUUGGACAACAUUGAUGAAAAAAUAAGACCUUACUUGUUCAAUGAAGUUGGUGUAGAAAAAUGGACAAGGUUGUAUAGCAACAACAAGCGAUACUCAACAAUGACUUCUAACAUCGCAAAAUCUGUGAAUGCAGCAAUCAAAGAGAUAAGAGAAUUAUCAAUUGCUACAUUACUAGAAUGUCUUCACUCUUUGGUACAAAAAUGGUAUUGGGACAACAAGAAUUGA